GGGGGCAGGGCUGUGGACCCUCUGCUAAAAGGCGGUCCCCGGUCGGGGGGAGAGAGAAGAAAGGGGGGGGUCUCGGAGGCCGGAGGACUUGGGUGAAGAUGGCGGCAGCCGAGGCCGCGAACUGCAUCAUGGAGAAUUUUGUAGCCACCUUGGCUAAUGGGAUGAUCCUCCAGCCGCCUCUUGAAGAAGUUUCCUGUGGUCAAGCUGAAAGCAGUGAGAAGCCCAAUGCUGAGGACAUGACGUCCAAAGACUACUACUUUGACUCCUAUGCCCACUUUGGCAUCCAUGAGGAGAUGCUGAAGGAUGAGGUGCGCACCCUUACAUACCGCAACUCCAUGUUUCACAAUCGGCACCUCUUCAAAGACAAGGUUGUGCUGGACGUGGGCUCAGGCACCGGCAUCCUCUGCAUGUUUGCGGCCAAGGCAGGAGCCCGCAAGGUCAUUGGGAUCGAAUGUUCAAGCAUCUCUGAUUAUGCUGUGAAGAUUGUCAAAGCCAACAAGUUAGACCACGUGGUGACCAUCAUCAAGGGCAAGGUGGAGGAGGUGGAGCUGCCCGUGGAGAAAGUGGACAUCAUCAUCAGCGAGUGGAUGGGUUACUGUCUCUUCUACGAGUCCAUGCUCAACACCGUGCUGCAUGCCCGUGACAAGUGGCUGGCACCUGAUGGCCUCAUCUUCCCAGACCGGGCCACCCUUUAUGUGACAGCCAUUGAAGACCGACAGUACAAAGACUACAAGAUCCACUGGUGGGAGAAUGUAUAUGGUUUCGAUAUGUCCUGCAUCAAAGACGUGGCCAUCAAGGAGCCCUUGGUGGAUGUGGUGGACCCGAAGCAGCUGGUCACUAAUGCCUGCCUCAUAAAGGAAGUGGACAUUUAUACAGUCAAGGUAGAGGACCUGACCUUCACCUCCCCCUUCUGCCUACAAGUGAAGAGGAAUGACUACGUGCAUGCCUUGGUAGCUUACUUCAACAUCGAGUUCACCCGAUGCCACAAGAGGACCGGCUUUUCUACCAGUCCUGAGUCCCCAUACACACACUGGAAGCAGACUGUGUUCUACAUGGAGGAUUACCUAACAGUGAAGACUGGCGAGGAGAUCUUUGGCACCAUUGGCAUGAGGCCCAACGCCAAAAACAAUCGCGACUUGGACUUUACCAUCGACCUGGACUUCAAGGGCCAGCUGUGUGAGCUCUCUUGCUCCACCGACUACCGGAUGCGCUGAGGCGGCGCCAGGCUGGCCCUCCUGCAGAAGGGGGCUUAGGGACUGGGCUUGGGGGAUGGGAGGGUACAUCGUGACUGUGUUUUUCAUAACUUAUGUUUUUAUAUGGUUGCGUUUACGCCAAUAAAUCCUCAGCUGACCGA